GCUACAUUUAAUUCAAAGGCAUAAAUGAAAUAUAAAUUAUUUUGGGCUUCAAAUUUAAUUUGAAUCUUUCUUUCUUUCUUAAUAUUCACUAUGAAUACCAACGAGAUUUGGAGUCCUCUUCUAGUUGCACUCAUAGCCAGUAUGACACAGGCUUUUGGUAUUUCACUUCAAAGAAAGUCCCAUCUCGUUCAACAAGAUUCUACUGUGCCACUUUAUAAAAGACCUUUAUGGGUUUCUGGCUUCUUGAUUUACACUCUUUCGAAUCUCGUUGGAUCGACUUGUACAAUAGGUUAUUUGCCUAUCGUCAUAUUAGCCCCCGUAGGCGCUAUUGGACUUGUGUUUAAUGCCGUCUUUGCUAAAUGGAUAUUGGGUGAUCCAUUUACUAAACGCACUAUUUUCGGCACUGCAUUGAUUGUGAUAGGCGCAGGAUUGAUUGCAGGGUUUGGUACUGUGCCUGAGCCAAAUCAUACUUUAGAGGACUUGAUCAAGCUUUACAAAAGACCUUCUUUUAUUAUUUAUUUUUCGUUGGUUGAGGCUUUCAUUUUUAUUGGUUUAUCUGCAACACAUAUCGUUGAACAUCUAAUGAAAAUCAGACCUUAUGAUUGGCUUGGUGCUAUCCCUGAUCUGAAAAUGUAUUUGGGCAUUAGUUAUGGUAUUCUUGGUGCAAACAUCAGUAGUCAAGCUAUGUUGUUUGCUAAAAGUGGAUUAGAAUUAUUGAUGUUGAGUAUUUUUCAACACGAAAAUCAGUUUGUGUAUCCUCUGACUUGGGCCAUUGUGUUUGCUUUAGUGUUUACGGCUAUUCUACAACUCUAUUAUUUAAACCGUGGUGUUCAAUUAUGUGAUACUAUCAUUUUGGUACCGCUUAAUUUCUGUUCUUUUAACGUAUCUUGUCUGUUUAAUGGGCUUGUUUACUAUAACCAAGUGAAUCGACUGUAUUGGUGGCAAUUACUUGUUGUGUUGAUCGGGAUUAUUAGUCUGAUAUGUGGUGUCUUGGUGAUUUCUUUACAACAACAACCUGCACCUAUUAUGCUUUCAGACGAUACAGAUCAGUCCUUUUGUUCGACUUCCUCAACUUAUUCACAGCCAUUGUUCCUCAAGUCAUCUUCGCUGGACGAAGAGGCAGGUAUGUCCUGGUGGACACGUAUGAAGCUCAUUUAUAAAAAGCCUGCCAAUGAACCAGACGAGUAUACAGGCUUAUUAAAUUCCAUUUGAUGACAAUACUAUGUGUUGGUUAAUUUUUUGUGGAUACCCUUCUCUUAUUACUAUUAUUAUUAUUAAAAAAAAGUAUUGCGUUUUA